ACUUAUGCCAUACACAAGGGAAAAUCGUGCGAGGGCACACACAGGAAAAUAUGUCUGAGUUUUGUAUGCCUUCGAAAAUUGAAAUCGAUAUUUCUGAUGAACGGGCACAACAAAUUCUGUUCAAAUCUUUAAAGCAUCGCAGUCCCAAUAUGCAAUCGGAUGACCUCUCAACUGCUAUCGUCAUCGAUAAUGGCUCCGGCAUAUGCAAGGCGGGCUUCUCCAACGAAUCCGCACCCCGGGUCGUCUUCCCCUCGAUUGUGGGACGACCCCGUCAUAUGAACGUCAUCGUCGAUUCAGCCAUCGACGAUUGCAUCAUUGGUGACGAUGCCGUGCGAAAGCGUGGCAUACUCACACUCAAGUAUCCCAUCGAGCACGGCGUCGUAACCAAUUGGGCAGACAUGGAGAAGAUCUGGAAGCACACCUUCGAACAGCUGCGCGUCGACUCCGAUGGGCAUCCGGUGCUGCUGACCGAACCACCGUUGAAUCCAAAAAAGAAUCGCGAAAAGAUGACCGAAAUAAUGUUUGAGAGUUUCCGGGUCCCCGCGCUCUAUGUCGCCAUCCAGGCGGUACUGUCUCUGUAUGCUACGGGACGCACCAUUGGCAUCGUCGUAGACUCUGGCGACGGAGUCACCCACACGGUGCCCAUCUACGAAGGCUACGCCCUGCCACAUGCCUGCAUGCGCCUAGAUCUGGCCGGACGAGAUCUGACCGACUACCUGGGCAAGCUGCUGAUGGAGCGCGGGCACACAAUGAGCACCAGUGCAGAGCGCGAAAUCAUUCGGGAGAUCAAGGAGAAGCUCUGCUACGUGGCCAGCAAUUUCGAUGAGGAACUGAUUCAGUGCGCACAGAAUAAAUCGGAUUUCGAUGAGUUCUACGAACUGCCCGAUGGCACGACCAUCAACAUUGGCAGCGAGCGCUUCCGUUGCCCGGAGGCACUGUUCAAGCCGAACAUGCUGGGCCUGGAGGUCCCCGGCCUGCACGAGGCGGUCUACAAUUCGAUACAGAAAUGCGACAUGGAUCUGCGGCGGGACAUGUAUGCGAACAUUGUGCUCUCGGGAGGCACGACCAUGUUCCGCAACAUCGAGGUGCGUCUGCAGGAGGAUAUUGCAGUCAUGGCCCCCUCGACGAUGCGCAUCAAAAUUACGGCGAAUCCGGAACGUUGCUUUGCCGUCUGGUCGGGCGGUUCCGUUUUGGCGUCGCUCUCCAGCUUUCAAAAUAUGUGGAUUGAUUCCUCCGAAUACGACGAUUUGGGACCCAGCAUAAUACAUCGCAAGUGUUUCUAAUUUGAUCGGGAACCCUUGAAAGCAUUGGAGAGCAAACAAAAGACAGAAGAUAGGCGAUAGGAGAGAACAGAACAGACUUAGUUAAAUUAUAUUUCUAUAUUUUAUACGUGUUAUCAAAUCUAAUAAAAACG